CCGCCCCCUGAGCCGCAGCGGCCCCGUCGCGCUGAGGCGGUUGCGGCCAUGGCGGUGCGGCUGCUGCUGGCCCGGGCCCUGCGCCUGCUGCCGCGCUGCCGCCCGCCCCGCGCCCCCCGGCCCGAGCCCCGGCCCGAGCCCCGGCCCGACCCGCCGGCCUCUCCGUGGCGGCCGUGGCUGUCCUGGCUGCCGGCCGCCCGCCGCCUCUUCCUGCGCGGGCCGGCCUGCGGGCUGGCGUCCGUGGUUCGGCGGGGCCGCGGCGGGGCCUGCUUGGCGCUGGCCGUGGCGCUGGGGCUGGUGGAGCCGCGCCUGGAGGAGCAGCGACGGGCCGAGGCCGCGUGCCGCCACAUCCAGACGGUGUUUGUCGGAAAGAACAAGCCACAGAAAGAUCCCCUGAGCUCGUUCCGUUGGCAGGGCUUCAAGCUGGAAGAGUAUCUCAUUGGCCAACCCAUCGGGAAGGGCUGCAGCGCUGCUGUGUACGAAGCAGCUAUUCCUUUCUCUCACGAUCGUCGGGGGUGUGCGGAAAGCAGCCGUCUCGCAGGGCAGGAGCCAGCCGUGCAGCGGGAUCGUGGCUCGGCUUCACAGGCAGCUGAAGAGGAGCCCGUAGAGAAACACCAACCAAAAGAGGGUUUCCCAUUAGCUAUCAAAAUGAUGUGGAACAUUUCGGCUGGUUCGUCAAGUGAAGCCAUCCUUGAUGCUAUGGGCCGAGAGCUUGUUCCAGCCACAAGACUUGCCUUGGCUGGAGAAUACGGAGCCGUCUCUGGCCGCAGAAAGCCUGUCUUUGGGAGGAAGAAGUUGCAGCCUCAUCCGAAUAUAAUCCAGGUGAUCCGAGCGUUCACAUCCUCUGUCCCUUUGCUGCCCGGAGCCUUCGCAGACUAUCCUGAUGUUCUUCCAUUAAGCCUGAAUCCCAGAGGGAUCGGUCACAGCCGCACGCUCUUCUUGGUGAUGAAGAAUUAUCCGUGCACCCUGCGCCAGUAUCUGAGGGAGAGCAGUCCGGAUGUUUGUCUCUCCACAAUGAUGAUUUUACAGCUCUUGGAAGGCGUGGACCAUCUCGUUCGACAUGGAAUAGCACACAGAGACCUGAAGUCUGACAACAUCCUGGUUGAAUUUGAUUCUGCUGGCUGCCCCUGGCUGGUGAUCACGGACUUCGGUUGCUGUUUGGCAGAUGAAAACAUCGGCUUGAGACUGCCUUUCACCAGCUCUUACGUGGAUCGGGGCGGCAACGGCUGUCUGAUGGCACCCGAGGUGAUCACGGCAUCGCCUGGUCCGGGCACAGUGAUCAACUACAGUAAAGCUGACGCUUGGGCUGUCGGAGCAAUCGCCUACGAAAUUCUUGGCCUGGCCAAUCCUUUCUACGGCCACGGGGACUCGACUCUGGAAAGCAGAAGUUACCGUGAAGACCAGCUGCCAAGCCUGCCUGAUCAUGUGCCCCUUGAGGUGAAACAAGUGAUAAAAAUGCUACUUCAGAGGGAUCCCAACAAGAGAUUGUCUGCUAGAGUUGCCGCUAACGUGCUUCACCUAAGCCUCUGGGGUGAAAGCGUUCUAGCGUCCAAGACCCUGAAACCCGACCAGAUGAUUGCCUGGCUUCUCUGCCAGUCUGCGGCCGCUUUGCUCAUGGACAGACUGGUGGAUAAAAGCCGGGUAGAAACCAAAAUGAAGAUGUGCUUUUUGGCAAACCUUGAGUAUGAAGACCUCUGGACAGCAAUAUUCCUGUUGCUGGCCUGGAGGAGCCGGUCUGGGUGAAGAGUACCGUGUGGGACAUGGCCGUGCGAUAGAUAAACAGCAUUUCUAAAGGCGUUCUUCUGUCUGCCUGGAGUCCUGUAGUGCUUUAGGGAACAAAACUGCAGGCCUGUAUUUAAGAAGUUGAGUUUAUCUCUAGCAAGCAUUAGUCCACUCUGCUUUUCUCUCCGUGCUAGAGGAAAUGCCCUUGCUUCGUUACUCUCUCGGUGAGGGUUUGGGGACCUUGCAGGUGUCCUGAGGUACGUGGUUGGUUUUGCUUAUGUUUGGGAAUUCUUAAUUGACUUCUAAGUCGUGUGUUGAAUGAAGCAAGUUCCUUUUCAGAAGAGGGGUGUGUGGGAGGAGGCCCUGUCUGGCUGCACUUUGCACAGAAGCAUCACGGAUUUAAACAAUUCACCAAGAAAGCUGAGCUGACAAAGGGCCGUGCCAUCUUUCAAUUCUUAGGGAAACCGGCAGCGGUCUUACGAUGAUAUUCCUCUGCAGCCGCAGACGGAUCUUGCUAUAAAAUGACACCUCCUAGUGAGGUGCUGCCUGGCGAGGUGAGUGUCAGGAGCUGCUCGCUUCUUAUAACGCACCGCUACAUACCUAGCUGGUCGUACGCCAAAUAGCGCGAAUACGACGAACCCCAAACCCACUUACUUUGAUUUUUUGACCAUUGUAUUUGUGCAGCGACUGCAGCCGCGGGGUCCAAGGCCAAGUCAAACCGUGGCUGGUUAGAGAUAAUACUGCGAACGAAACCGGGCUGAGCGGCAGUGCCUGCUGAAAGGGUUGAGUGCAAUGCUCUUCUGGUUUACCUACCUGUUUUUUAUGUUGAACCAUUAAUCCUUUGGUCAGGAAGGACAGGUCGUAUUUAUGAAAACAUAAUUCGAUUUUAUGUCUGUAAAUGUUUAGAGGAACUCGGGGAGGAAGUUACUUCUGCUUGUUGCACAAUAAAUUGCAGAUUAAGCUCU